GACUCGGAUUGCAAGCUUAUCAUCAAUAGUUUUUCACUGUUCUCCCUUACAGCUAUCUUAUCUGCUCUGUUACAUCUCCUUGAGCGACACUUGCUAUUGACAUACACAUGCAACUGGACUCUGAUGCCGUUCCCUAUGACGUGAACUUUUGUUUCCCAGUACAUGACCUCGAGAAUGACAGGGUCAGGUUAACCCCCUUCGUUCCUUCCCUAUACGCCGAAAGUUUCGUUGCAGCAUCGUUGCCCUAUCCAGAGUUAUUCAAAUACGUUCCAUUUGGACCUUUUGCUUCCGCGAAAGAACUUGUAAACGACUUCAUCGAGCCACGCAUUCACCACAACCCGACUUUCAUUCUCUUUGCAGUCAUCAGUAAAGCGAGCAGCCCUGGCGACAAUGACGGGAAGGAUGAGCUUGCUGGAAUCAUUGGCCUUCUCAAUACAUCAACAAAAUACCUCCAGUUUCAGCGCACGCAUGUCACGUCGAAUGCAGUGGGACUGCUUAUGUUUUAUGCUCUAGAUUUGCCAAGCGAGAGUGGAUUAGGUCUUCGUAGGCUUCAAUGGCAGGCCAAUGAGUUGAAUGCUGCUUCCAUACGAGUUGCAGAGAAAAUGGGGUUCAAAAAAGAAGCUGUUAUCAGAUGGGAUAGAGCCGUACCUAGAGGGAGGGGGAAGGUAUCCAAUGGGCAGGAAAUAAGGGAGGGCGAUCCAUUGACUGGCAUGCUUGGCAGAAACACGGUAGUUCUCGCCAUUUGCUGGGACGACUGGUUGACAGAACGCGAAAAGGUCAAUGAUCGGGUGCAAAGAUAGUUAAAUUUGAUGAUAUUCUCCACACGAUGUGUUUCUAAACCAUGUCGAUAACACGGUGAUGAUUGUGAU